CAAACAGCGAAUAGCCAUUGACAGACAAGUAUCAAAAUUGAAAUCGAGAUCGAUUACAAACACAACACAUUGCAAAAAAAACAAAGACAAGAAAAUGCCCGAUUUCAGACUCGGGCAGCGAGUCCACUCAGCGGGCGAUCCCCGUCGAAUUGGGACUGUCAGGUACUUGGGGCCUGUCCAAGGCUAUUCGGGCACAUGGGUCGGAGUCGAUUGGGACAGCGGAGAGGGCAAGCACGAUGGCUCCAUCAACGGGGUUCGUUACUUCCAGGCAACCUCCGAACGAUCCGGGUCCUUUGUUCGGUCCCAGAAUCUCAGCUCUGGCAUUACGUUGCUGCAAGCUAUCCAGCUCCGAUACCGAGGUGACACCACUCAAGAAGAAGAGGAUGAAAUGUAUGUCCUUUCAUCGAGCAACAAGCGUGUCAAUGUUCAACUUGUUGGAAAAGACAAAAUUCAAGACAAGCUAAGUCGAUUAGAGGAGUUGACGAGUGCAUCUGUAUCUUUUCUGGGUGUUAGCUCUCCUGGAGACCCGUGUGAUAUUCGUACUAAUGUUCCAAAUUUGAAGGAGCUUGACUUGACUGGAAAUCUAAUUUCAGAUUGGAAGGAUGUUAGCACGAUCUGUGAACAGUUGCCAGAUCUUUUUGCCCUCAAUUUAUCUUACAAUUCAAUGGCACAAGAUAUUGUUGGGUUGCCACAUUUAAAAUGUAUUCGCAUUUUAGUGUUAAACAACAUUGGCAUAAACUGGACCCAGGUUGAAAUACUUAAACACUCUUUGCCAGAAAUUGAAGAACUACAUCUUAUGGGGAAUAAAAUAAGCACCAUAGAGCCUGCAUCAUCUUAUGCAGUUCAAGGAUUUGAUCACUUGCGGCUUCUGAAUCUGGAAGACAACUGUAUAGCUGAUUGGAACGAAAUCUUGAAACUUUCCCAUCUAAAAUGCUUGGAGCAGCUUCAUUUGAGCAAUAACAAUUUGAACCGAGUCUUUUAUCCUGAUGAUGGCUUGAUGCAUGAACUGCUAAAUGGUUAUGAAUCACCCGACAAAAACCAUAAGCCAUUUCAAAAUUUGCGUUGCCUUCUUCUUGGAGGCAACAAUAUUGAGGAUCUUGCUUCUGUUGACUCGCUAAACUCAUUCCCACAACUAGUGGAUAUCAGGCUCUCUGACAAUCCAGUGGCCGAUCCUGGACAAGAUGGUAUCCCAAGAUUUGUUUUGGUCGCCCGUUUAGCUAAAGUUGAAAUGCUGAAUGGGAGUGAGGUAAGUCCUCGUGAAAGAAAAGAGUCAGAGAUUCGGUAUGUUCGAUUAGUUAUGUCAAAAAUGCAAGGAAAUACCAAAGAUAUCCAGUGGCUUCAUCCCAGGUUUGUGGAGCUUAAGGUUUUUCAUGGAAUUGAGGAUGAAAAGCCACUGGUUGGAACAGCAGGCCCUCAGAAAAUGUCUUCAGGACUUCUGUCUAUUACUCUCAAAUGUGUGGGAGCAUCUAUUGGUGAGAAACCAUCAUUGGUGAAGAAACUGCCAGGCGCCACAACAGUUGGAAAGUUGAAAGUUCUUUGUGAAAGCUUUUUCAGGCUGAAGUCUAUCAAGCUGAAAUUGUUUCUUGAAGAAAAGGGUUCUCCUCUGCCAUUAUUGCUUGAUGAUGAAAUGGCAACUUUGACGGACCUUGGGAUUGGAAAUGAAUCAACCAUUCUUGUAGAUGAAGAGAGUUAAGAGAAGUAUCUGCAGCGAAACUCCUUAUGUUUUUGUGAUCUAUAAAUCCCACACCAGUUGGGAUAUGACCUGUUGCAAAUUUAAGAUUUUCAAGCCGCAUCUGCUCAACGGCCAAGAUCAAAUUUUGGGCUUUGCAGAAGCAAGAUAGUUACUGCCAGUGUGUUAUUUGAAGCAUUUUAAAACUAUCUACUGCCGCUGUCACUCCAUGAAACAGUUAUGCAGGCUGUAAGUGACUUGAUUUGAGUUUUACAAUUGGUUUUUGUUUAAGAUAACUGAAUCGAUAAUUAUUCAAAUCGCCCAGAUAUCUGAGUAACAUUGGCGAUCUGCUCUGUAACGUUGCCUAUGUUGCUUACCGACACUACUUCGUGGACCCAAAUAUUUUGGAAUAUUAGUUUCUCUGUUGGUCU